GUUGACUGUUGCCUUGUGCGUCUGGAUGGGGAGAGAGGACACGCUGUUCUGACCAGAAAGCUGGAUGUUUGGCCGUCGAGCUGGGUGAGGCGGAUCACAAGGGCCUUUAAUGGAAAGGUGUCCUUUGGCUGCCUGAGGCAGGAGCUGGAGUAUGGGGGCGGGCGAAGGCUUGGGGCCCCACUCGGAGCUUUGAGAUUGGCGGCACAAUUAGCUGUAGCAUCCCUCCAGUACCUAUUUGGUGUACACAGUAUGAGCCGGCGCCCAGCCAUCGGUUCCCGCCGCGAGUUGCGGACCUGCAGAAGCCCAAACGGGGGCAGGGAGUCAGGGGCUUUGUUUAUCUUCCCAACGUGGUAA